CUGAUGUGGUUCCCUCCUGGUUUCAGAACCCGGUGAUGUCCGGUUGGUGGGACCGUGGAGUCCUUGUGCCGGUCGGUUGGAGCUGGACUUCCAGGAGGCCUGGAGGCCGCUGAGCUCCCUGAAGUCCUGGAGCCUGAAGGAGGCAUCGGUGGUCUGCAGGCAGCUCGGCUGUGGUUCUGCUGCUUCCACCUCCAGGGUCAAACUGUGGGAGCGACCCCAGCCCAUCUGGAGGUUCUUCUCUGACUGCCACGGCUCUGAACGGGCUCUGAUGGACUGUGGAUCCGUGAGGAAGUUCGUGUCAGUGGAAGGCACCGAGGUGAUCUGCUCAGACCUGCUGCCUCGUCCCAGUAUCUCGCUGUUCUCCGGUGAGGACAGUCCAGAGAGUCCAGAUGUGGUGUGGAAAGGCCACAGCUUCACCAUCAUCUGCUCCUUGGAGGAGAUGUUCUAUGGAGGCCACUUCAGCCUCCGGUUCUCUGGUUUCAACGGAAGCCAGAGCUGGACCCAGAGAGCCCAGAACCGUUCGGCCGUCUUCAGGUUCUCCGCAGCAGAUGAGGUUCAUCAGGGGAACUACAGCUGCGUCUACCAGAAGGCCGUCCUGAACAUCAACUCGUCCUCAGAAAGUCCGACCCUCGCAGUCACUGUGAAAGAGUUUGAGUUUCUGUUCCUGGACGACGGUGUCCUCAGAUCUGACUACUCUGUGGUCUGUUCGGGUCGUUUGGUUCUGUCUCUGGGUCACAUGAGGCUGAUGAGUUCUGAGUCGGAGCUGUGGAACCGGAGGCUGGCCGCCGUGGUGUGUCGACAGCUGAACUGUGGUUCUGUCGUGUCUGUGGGAACCGUGGACCUGGUCAACAGGACAGAGGUGUGGAGGUUCUUCUCUGACUGCGACGGGUCCGAGUCAGCACUGAUGGACUGUGGGAAUGUCGAGCCGUGGUUCUCCACCUCGGCCGUGGAGCUCACCUGCACAGGGCGCUGACUGAGGAGUUAAAACCAGGAAAGCUCCAGUUCUAAAGAGUUCUGUUCAUGGAAGCUGCUGUUUAAAGUUUUGUUUUAAUCAGUGAUUCAUGUUUUUAAAAUGCUGCUGGAGAACGAA